CGUCGCAGGCACCUCCAAAAGCCCCCGUACCUUUUUUUCCCCGUUGCCAAAUCUGUUGAAGCUGAUAUUCCUCCUCUGCAUAUUUUAAUGGCCAAACCAACCUAGCCCGACCCAGUUUUGCUUAUAAUUGGAAUAACAAUUAACAAUUCUUGGGGGUAGAGAUAUCGACUUAUCAACUUAUCGACUUUGGACGAAGCUCGAAUUAGGUACCUACCUACCUAGGUAAGCCUGGGAGUUGGCAGGCGCGAUUUGUCGUGCGUGAGAAAUCGCAGUGCAGUUGUUUGGCCAGCCUUACAGCGAAAUUUGGUACUUGUUUAGCGCACAUCGGAGCCUUCCUCAUGAGGCGGCUCCUUUGGACAACGUGCAACUGCGACCGCGACUGCCCUAACUGCCUUGCGAGACGGUAGCAAUCAUGUCCUCUAACAACACCGAUAUUCGAUCCCUCGAGCGAAUCAUAUCCACUUUGCUUAAUAAACAGUUACAACACAUCUGCUCAUCCCAUGGAUUGAGAACAAGUGGGGUUAAGGCCGAUUUACAGAAUCGCAUCAAGAAUGCGCUCCACGAAAACUACCAGUCCGACCCCGCGAACUACAUCGCGAUACGCGACACGAUAAUGAACAUCCGAGGAGGAAACUCUGGUCCACAGAGUUCCAGUAUGCCCCAACCGGGUCACGGCUAUAGCAACGGCGCCAGUGUUGUCGGGAAUGGCGCCGGGUAUCCCAUUGCUUCUAGAGCACCUCAUUCAGACAACAUCUUCAAGAAUACGCCCUUCUACACUAUCGAAAAGAGGAUCGGCCCGCUUCACACGUGUCCCGUCAUGAACAACCACCGAAAUUCCAUCACCAUAACCUUGAAAGCUAGCGACUACCCAGAUCUUGGGCGAUGCGCGACUUACUCGCCUACUAAGCUCAUGGUAUUCUGCGGAAGCGAAAAUACGGGGCUUCAGGAUAUCCAGUUCCCUCACCAGUCCGAAGUCAAGGUGAAUGACGACGACGUAAAACAUAAUCUUCGAGGCCUCAAGAAUAAACCAGGAUCAACCCAUCCGGUUGACAUCACCCCCUUUUUAAGACUGAAGCAGACCAACUAUACUAACAAAGUCGAGUUUACUUAUGCUCUAACCACUAAGAAGUUCUACCUGGCGUUAUACGUAUGCAGAACACAUCCAAUCGAUGAACUAGUUACGAGGAUCAAGGCGAAGAAGAUAUCCAAAGCUUCGGUCAUUCGCGAGAUCUCCAAGAAAGCCAACGAUCCAGACGUUGUAGCAACUUCCCAAAACCUAUCUCUAAAGUGUCCGCUUAGUUAUGCAAGAUUAAAGGUUCCCUGCCGAGGAAUAUCAUGCAACCAUAUCCAGUGUUUUGACGCGAAUUCAUUCAUGCAGCUCCAAGAACAGGGUCCGACUUGGAAUUGUCCAAUCUGCUCUAAAUCUGCGCCGUUUGAGAAUCUAGCGAUAGACGAGUACGUACAGGAGGUCUUGGAGAACACUCCCGAGUCAUGCGAGCAAGUCACCAUUGAGCCAGAUGGUCAAUGGAGAGUAAAGUCGGAAGAGCCAGAACCGACCCGAUCUCGGGCUCCUAACGGUACCAAGAUAGAGGACGAUGAUGAUAUAUCGAUUCUCUCCGACACCCACGCUUUUGGCAACGGUACUCCCGGUGGGCCAAUAGGCAGCGUGAGGAAUGCCAUGAGCACACCGAGUCGCUCUUUUCUUGGCGGCGGAACGCCCAACGGCGGUCAUCGAGAGACGCCGAAUACGCAAAGGUCGGGAAGUAGUAAGCGGCCGGCAGAGGUUAUUGAUCUUACCCUCAGUAGCGAUGAGGAUGACGAGCCUAUUGUUCGCCCUCCAAAACGUCAAAACCUAGGACCGACUAAUGGCCUGAACUUUCCUUCUGCAUACAGCUAUUAGGAAUAUACGUCCUGCGCGCCACAGCCGCGCGACGCAGUGGAUUUUUUACAACAUCAGACAAUGGAAUUCGUAGAAGAGUGGAUGAAGGUACUCCUACGAGACUAGGAAGUUGGUUAACAUUAGGGCAUUAGUAAUUGUUGCGCAAAGUGGGAGUGGGCGAGAGUAGUUUCUACAACGGAUAUUACGACGUUUUCAUGAAAAGGCAUAUCUUGCGGCAUGGAAUUCGGCAUUAUCGGAAGUUCGAUACGGAGCCUUUUUUUUCUUUUGUCUUUCACCUCUCCGUCCCUAGUUCUCUCUGUACAUAGAAUGCGACCAUCCCCUUGUGCAGGCAAGGUACGGGUAUGAUAGGGGCAGGAGGGGAUGGUCAUGGUCACCUCGGCGUUAGGGGUGGAAAUACCUAUUGCUUUAUGGAGGCUACAUAUGGCUGGAGUUGCGAUCGAGAGGACCAGACCGAAGCGUUUGGACCCGGUGGACUAUAGGUCUUUACCAGUAGGCUCAUUUAAAAGUGAAUAAUAAAAACCCGAUGCAUUAGAAUGACCUGGCGACGAGUUAACUCUUCCCUGUUUG